AUGCCUAGAGGCAUCCUUCUCACCGCAAACCUUCCGCAACUACAAAACUUAAUCAAACGAGAUCCUCCAGGAUACAGAGAUGAAUUUCUUCAGCAAUGGAAUCACUACAACAGUAUUCGCCAAAUCUUUCGUUUGAAUCCCGAUGAACAUGCUGCGCAGUUCCGAGAACUCGUAGCGUUUAUUGCCCAAGUAGCGACCUGCUAUCCAAAGGAGACGCAAGAAUUUCCUUCACAUAUAUCAUCUACUCUCAUGGAAAGCUAUGGUGUCCUCUUUCCAGAAACACGAAAGGCCCUCAUCCAAACGUUGGUCAUGCUUCGUAACAAGGGAGUAACGACGUCCAUCGACCUUCUAAAAUGUCUAUUCCCUCUUCUUCCCCGUACGACGUCUCCUGCCCUUCGGUCGCUAAUACGCAAGACGAUCUUGACCGACAUCCGAACUGCCAACAUGAAGAGCAAAAACCACAAACUGAACCGUUCGAUACAGACGAUGAUGUUCGGAAUGGUAGAGAGAGGACUCGAUGAUCAGAAUUUUGGAAAUAAGGGAAAGGCAAAGGAAAUCUCUAGCGAUGGGAAAGGAACGGGACAUGGUGAAGAUGCGAUGUGGGCAGUUAUACUUACUAAAGAGUUGUGGAGGAAGGGUAUUUGGAACGACGCGAAGCCAGUGUCGAUAGUUGCGCUAGGCUGUUUGCAUCCCAUCGUCAAGGUGCAGAGUGCGUCAAUGCACUUCUUUUUGGGCGAUGAAGAGGCCCAAGAGGAUAGCGAGGAUGAGGAAGAGGACGUCGAUGUCAGGGCCCUUCACCAUCGUCGUGAAAUCAACAAAAAGACACGAAGUGGGGAUAAAAAGCUUCAGAAAAAGCUUAAUACUGCCAAGAAGAAAAAGUACGGCAACGAUCCUUCUCAACCAAACUUCCCCGCUCUACAGCUACUCCAUGAUCCCCAAACAUUCGCCGAAAAACUUUUUGAUAUCCUCAACCGCUACGACAAACGGUUUUCCUUGGACCACAAAAUAUUAAUGAUGCAGCUCGUCUCUCGUGUCAUGGGCGCACACCAACUUUGUGUUCUCAGCUUUUACACCUACAUCCUCAAAUAUCUCACCUACCACCAACUGCGCGUUCCCACGAUACUCGUCUCACUAGCACAGUCGGUCCACGAAUUGACGCCUCCGGAUGUUCUCACUCCGGUGAUACGAAAACUCGCCAACGAGUUUGUUCAUCCUGGGGUUGCAAGCGAGGUUAUCGCUGCUGGGAUCAAUGCUAUCCGUGAAGUGUGUAGGCGACAGCCUUGGGCUAUGGAAGAGGAUUUACUUGGGGAUUUAAUUGAGUACAAGAAGAGUAAAGGCAAGGCGGUGACCGCGGCGGCUCGAGGUUUAUUGCAACUGUACCGAGAGGUGAAUCCUGGAAUGCUGAAAAAGCGGGAGCGGGGUAAAGAAGCGACGAUGGGAAUGUUGAGCGGAAAUCAUCAACCGUUACCUUUUGGUCACUCCGCUGGGGCUGCUGUCGACAUUGAAGGACUUUCCUUGUUGGAAGAGCAUCUUCAGAAGCUUCGUGAACAGGACAAUCCGGAAGAGAUGGACGAGGAUGCAGCAUGGAAUGGGUGGGACGCAGAAUCCGAUUCUUCCGAAGACUCUGAUGGGACGGGCUGGGUAAAUGUCGAGGAUAGUGGUCAGGAAUACUUCGACGUCAGUGAUAGUGACGAUGAAAAUGAGAAGAAGGGCGAGGAACAGAAUGAAGCGACUGCCCCGAAAGAGCCUACAUUAUCAACACUUGCAACGACGAAGAUUCUUACACCCGCCGACUUCGCCCUGUUGAACGACCUGCGUAUACAAGCUGCGACAAAGGCCGUAGAGUCUGGUGGAGGUAGUAGAGCGAAACGGAAGCUUGCCGAACUCGAAACAAGUAAGAGCCAUCAACGCGGCGAAUCUGCGAGCGCGUUCAUCUCUGAGGAGGAUAUCUUGGGCCCUCGAAAGAAACUGAAGGCUGAUUACGAGGAGAGGAUGGCUUCUAUUCAGAAAGGGCGAGAAGGACGAGAGAAAUUUGGGUCGAGGAAAGGUAAAAAGACGAAGGAGACGCCGAGCAGCUCAACGAAUCGCGAGAAGGCGAAGAAAAAACCCAUCAUGAUGAUUCUCAGCAGUGGGGCUGUUAGAGGGAAGAAAAAGGCUUCUUUGAGGCAGAAGCAGCAGAAACUGAGGGAACACAUAGACAGAGCGAAGAAAGCUCGGCGAUAG